AUGUCGGUCGUCCGCGAGCCCAUUCUCAGUCAUCCAUGCCCAUUGCCCACUACCACCCUCGACAAUCCGCUCCUGCAGCCCGCAUUGACGCCCGAUGGAAGCUGUUCGAGGCUCGGAGGCGCCGAGCUGGCUGAAACCACGGACUUGGUCAACUCAAGCCAUGUCCACACACACCGCUCACAAGUCUGCCACGGCAUGCAGACUGCAGAACCACUCGACCUCAGGAGACCGGGAAGCUGCACAAGACACACCGACUCGCAAGAGUACGACGGUUCAAGAAGUGGGGGUUGGUGUAGCUUCAAGAAACCCGCCGCCUUGUUCACCGCAUCGGCUACCGACCGACCCUAG